AUGGACCACUCCGAGGCGCUGGACCAUUGCGAUGCCGCGAUACCCCGAAGUUCUCGUUACAAAAAGGACGGAGAAUCACAUUUUUACAGUAUGCAGCAGCAAUCGGACAGCAAAGAAAUAAACCAUCAGCCGCUGAGCUGCGGGAAAGCUCGCGACAACCACAGCUGCACGUCGACCGACACGAGAGCAGAAUACGACGACGACGACGGGGACAACGAGGACGAUGGAGAGGAGGAGGAGAGUAAAUUUCGUUUGGAGGAGAUGCGCUACGCGGACGCGAGGAUGGGCAUUUGCAGCGGGUGCAAGUGCCCCGUGGCCGGCGAGGACGCCGACCCCAGCGAUUUCGAGAGGUCACUCCUGUGCGCCAACGGCCAUCUGCUCUGUUAUCGCUGCGUUCAGCGAUUUACCGUCAAGUCAGACACAAGCUGCGUGUUGUGCGCGGUGAUCGAUUCCUCGCAAUCGACUCCCAGCGUCUCCAGGACGAACAGCGUACCCAACUAUCAUAACGACGCGAGAACUAAACGACGAAGCCGGCGAGCGGCAGCCCCGACGCCGGCUACUACCGACACUGUUCCGUGCAGGUACGAACCUAUCGAGCAACGUCGAAGGCAACAGCUGCAUACGGCCCCCGCCGAGCCCUACCGGCACUAUCACCGAGUCCCGGAUUGCACCAGUGGCGCGUCGACGAGUUGCGGCGAAAAUUCAGCUGACGACGAAUGGAACACCAGGCGCGUCAACGAGGGGGAUGAGGAAAAACGGCCCGUGAGACGUUCUGGUAACAAGCAGCGCAGUUACUGCAGCAUCGUCGCGGUGCAGCCAAAGGACCCGAUGUUGAUGGCCGAGUGCUCGCGACGGCCGAUCCAGUGUCCUCGGCAGGAUUGCGCGGUCAACGUUGCCUUUUCCGCUCUCACCAAUCAUUUUGUAUUCGAUCACCCGGAAGUGCCGAUACUUAGCGUCGAACCCGGUGAGAAGAGCAAAUUCAUCGUCAACUUUGAUGGUCUCGUCUACGACUCGAGCCGCUGCCUGGGACUUCUUCUCGUUUCCGACAAGCUCUCUGGUCCAGCGGCUAAAAAGUUUAAUGGAAGCAUCGGCAACUCGCAGUACAAGUAUCGGCUGCCGCUGCCGAUACUGUCAGCUCGAUUGAACGGUGAGGCCAGUCGUGACGUCGUUAUCGUCUGGGUCGCAGGCUUGGACAUUGGCAAUGUUGAACCUAUUCGCUGCAGCAUUCAGGCUAUCGACAGCAUCGACUCUGAGGCUUUCAGAUCGUUAACGUACACUGGUCCGAUUAAUUCUUUGAGAACAGCUCAGAAGCCCAGGGAUGUAUUCGUCAUCGGAGAUUGCGUUAUCCUACACGACGGAUUCAUCAAUCGCAUUACCUCCGGUUGUAAAAAUUUAAACGUCAACGUUACGAUUCACUGA